CCUGGAGCCGGGAGCGCUUGGCGCGCCUCCCAGGCUGCCCCUCCCCCGGGUAAGAGGCGAAGCGUGGGAACGCGAUGGGGGAGACGGAGCCAGAGGGCGAGCGGCGUCGGCGGUGGGAGCACAGGGCGCGCUGAGCUGGCACCGGGGAAUCGCCGCUCGUUCGCACCAGGCGGGCAGCAGGAGCAGGACCUCCCCUCCCCAUUCCGGACGGCUGUUUAGAGGGAGCCGGCAGCAGCAGCAUGAAGCGCUCGCACCCGGACUACAGCUCCUCCGACAGCGAGGAGCUGGAUGAGCCCAUCGAGGUGGAGAAGGAGAGCGGAGACGAGAAUGGGUGAGGGUGCUGGGGGGUCGGGCCGCGGGGAGGUCGGGAGGGGUCCCCAGCCCGUGGCACAGCAGCGGCACUUGGUCCGAGUUGGUCUGUGCCAGGUGUAGGGUUGAAGCUGUAGCUCCGGGCAGGCAAACUCCCGCUGUUGACACGCAGAGACACCCAUCUCCGCGGCCGCCCCUGCUGCGGCUUCGAUCCUGUGCGCACUUACCCGGGAGUAAGCCCGGUCACGCUCAGCGGGUGUUAAUUCAGAGUAACCAUACGCUACCGUCUACGGUACGGCCCCUUGGUUGCCUUGUGCUAAGAAGCCGGUUCCAUAAUUACUGUACACUCGAUUUAUUUCCUAGUGAAUUUGUUGGUGCAUUAAAACAAAAUAUACGGGGAAUCGGGUGGGGCGACGGAUCUCACCCUCCUGAUUUGGACGCCUUUAUUUUAAGGAAAGGAGGGUGCUUCUGGCUAGAUUCAUUUGGUGGCGAAGGAAAGGGCCUCUGCACUCACUCAAGGCAACCUCGUUCUAGGUCGUCUUCUCACUUUCCGGAAGACUGCGGCUGCAACCUGACACACACUUGCCUGGUGGCACAGGGCCAGACGGCGAAUCUUGGCAUUGAAAACGGGAGGAAAAAGGAUGGGUCUUUGCACAAAUCAAACCAUGCUCCAUUGCCUGCUGCCCAUGCUCUGCAUUUGGCACUGGGUUACCUGGGAUUAUCCAGGCGUUUCUGUGCUACAACUAUUUAUGUGCCUACAGGCUUUCCAGCUGUUUCUUGUGGAAAUCACUGCUCCCCAACCUCACUCCUUUUCUGUGCCUUCUCAGUAUUGACGCCCGAUUUCUUUCUUGCUGGUUUCAGAAACUUGAGCUCCGCUCCAGGUUCCAUGUCUCCAACCACCACUUCCCAAAUUCUGGCUCGGAAAAGACGCAGAGGGGUAGGUCUCUUUCUGCUGUGCUUGAAGUCCCUUCUCUUUCUGCUCCGCUUGAAGCCCCCUUGAAAAAUAUUCCUGCUUCCCUUUCAGAUUAUUGAAAAACGUCGCAGGGAUCGGAUCAACAAUAGCUUGUCAGAGCUGAGGAGGCUGGUGCCUAGUGCUUUUGAAAAGCAGGUAAUUUUGAGGCAGCCCUCUGUGUAUGUGAGGGGUGGGAUGCUGCAACUGGGGUGCAGUAUUAUUAGGCAGCAAUGUGCUAUUUCUGUGCUGCCUCCUUCGCUUGGCUUGAAUCCAGCUGCCUUUAUGCUGAUCUUUGCCUUCAAUUUCUUAGGGAUCAGCUAAACUGGAGAAAGCUGAAAUCCUGCAGAUGACUGUGGAUCACCUGAAAAUGUUGCACACAGCAGGGGGGAAAGGUAAGGUCCUUAACCUGGCAUGGAAGUCAAUUCUGUGUACCAAUCCCGAUCAGAUUUUUUGAGUGUGGUUCCCUAGGUAGCCAAAGUGAAGCAUCAUUGUUGAGCUUGGGGGAGAACCAAGGUUUCUGGAAGUACUAAAAAGGCGGGGAAAGCCCUUAAGGUGUGUGUGGGGGGGUGUCCUCCCACAACAGCUCAGGAAGGAAUGGGCAUGGGAUGCUGACUGACUGUUGCAGGGAGGAGUGGGCAAAGAAGGGGAAUGGAUUGGAGUAUCUUGGAAAGAGCAUGGCUGGCUGGCUGGCUGGAACUGUGAGUGGAAGCAUGCGACACUGCAACAUCUCAUUUCAGGUCCCACUGUGUGUGUGUGUUAGAAUAGAUUUGUUCAAAAUUCAGCCACCCUCUAGCAGCACAUCUGCAGCCUGCUUACUACCUAGCAGUCUAAAUGGUAAAAGCUCUACUUCAAAAUAAGUGACGGAAUGGCUAUCACCUGAAGGACAGGAAGUAUUUGUGUUUGGCAAGCACAAUUUUGUGUUCGUUUGCUAACUUCAGUGGAAAGUACAGCCAAUUAAGUUUGUGAAGGAUCUGGCUGUGCAUGAUUUCCCUUUGGCUGGAGGCAUCUUCAGCUAAUUCCUCUGUGCCAAAGGCACUGGAUCUCAUGUACGUGUCACUGUCUCAGCCAUUUAGUAUUUUUCAUUUUGUUCUAGUAUCUUAAAGGCUGUUGGUAGCUGAGCUGCUAAGAUUAUAAUCCGUGAGCCACAUUGAAGGCUCCUGGUGGGCCAAAAGACAGGACAUACAUUUAACAAAAUGGUAAAAGAAGAGAGCAGCAUGUGUGCAUAUAUAUCUAUUUAGUGGUCAUUCCAAAUGUUUAAUUUGCUGUUAUUAAACUUGUAAUAAACUAUAUACUGGUGGAUAGUAGCAGCAAAUCUUGGACUGUACUUCAUAACCCAGUAACUGCAGAACAAUCCCAUAAAAAAAUCCUGGAGUUUGUGCUUCAGAGUAUCUUGAUUGAUUGUGGACUUUUAACUGGCGCUUAGACUCUUUGCUGAGAACAUCACAAAUGCUUAUUGGCUGUUUUGAGGUUGGGUCUGUGUGGACUUGGAGCAGAUCCCUGUAUUCUAGAUCCUGUUCUCAUUCAUGAGAUUUGGCUUCUCGAAAUAACCAGCUUUGCACCUAUAUGCUGCCUUGGGUUCUACGGUGGAAGAAAGGUGGAAUGUAAAAUAAAAUAAAAAUUAUGGGCACAGUCACAAUGAGACGUGAAGUGUACUUGCCAGACACUUCGCUUCAUGACGGUUUGAUCAAUAUUUCUAUUGCUCAUGGGUUUCUAUAAAGUGAAUGUGGAGUAGCACAUCUUUAGUGGGGGAUGCCCUGGAGAAAACCCAUCUUUUUGAGAGAGACGGCCCCAAAUAAGGAAUGGAAAUUGCUGCCCAUGCUUAAGACAUCACUCUUCCUUCUGUUCCUUUCUUCUAGGCUACUUUGAUGCUCACGCUCUUGCUAUGGACUAUCGAAGUCUGGGCUUCCGAGAGUGUUUGGCCGAAGUUGCCCGCUACCUGAGCAUCAUCGAAGGUCUGGACACUUCUGAUCCUCUCCGUGUCCGCCUUGUGUCUCACCUGAAUAAUUACGCCUCUCAGAGGGAAGCCGCAAGCAGUUCCCAUACAGGGCUUGGACACAUCCCUUGGGGCAGUGCCUUUGGACAUCAUCCCCACAUCUCCCACCCAUUACUGCUGCCUCAGAACGGGCAUACUACUACGAGCGGCAGCGCAGCUUCCACAGAAGGUCAUCAUCACCACAGCAGAAGUGGGGCUCCACAUGCUGAAUCAUCUUCACUGAGAGCGCCCCCUAAUGGCAGCAUUGGACCAGUGCUUCCCGUGGUCACUUCAGCUUCUAAACUCUCUCCUCCCUUGCUGUCUUCCAUGGCUUCCCUGUCUGCAUUCCCCUUUUCUUUUGGUUCGUUCCAUCUGUUGUCCCCCAAUGCUCUCAGCCCGUCUACACCGGCACAGUCGGCCGGCCUUGGCAAACCUUACAGACCAUGGGGAACGGAGAUUGGUGCAUUCUAAGAACUAGCAGGGUGGUGAAGGGGUGCGUUGUCUGUAAAAUAGCCAGCUGAGCUGGGGCAUCUGAACUCCUUUUAACAGUUUGUUAUCAAAGGUACAGUUCCAGUUUUAACAGCGUUUGUACAAAGAAAAUGUUUCUCCCCACCCUGCUUUCUAUUAGCAGAUUUUAAAAAAGCAGCAGUUGCCAGAAGUUUAUCCAUUUUUUUGUAAAAUCUUCAUAGAUGUUAAUUUAAAAAUGAUAAUAAAAUAGAAUUUUGCUGACUCGUUCGUUAUCUUAGUGGCAUUUCUCAAAUGAUCCUGUUUGUCUGAAAACACUGGAUCUUUUUUUUAAAGAGUAGAAUUUUCGUCUCUCCCCCCCCCCGCAACAGAGCCUUAACUCACAUUUUUGUUUGGUUGUGGGGGUUUUGUGAUACUGAGAUGUUUUUCAAGGGAGAAAUUGUUUGUAAACUAUGUUUUGACUUUUGUAUUUCCGAGCAAAAGCGUUGACAAAUCAGAUGGACCAGCUUUAUCUCAGAUGUUGGUGGUGGACCUGUGGGCCUCUCGAGCUCCCAUCAGCCCCAGCCAGCAUGGCUCAUAGCUGUCAACAUUUCCCUUUUUUAAAGGGAAAUUCCCUUAUUCUGAACAGUAUUCCUCACAAGAAAAGGGAGAAGUUGACAGCUAUGGCAUGGCUAAUGUUCAGGGGAUGAUAGGAGCUCUAGUAUAACAACACCUUGAAGAUCACUGGUUCUCCAUCAGUAUUCUAAGAACAGAAUCUUUCUGUGACUAGUGCAGUGCUUCAGUCUGCCUUGCAAGUUUAUCCUGCUCCCCAAUAGGUAUAUUUAUCCCCAUUACAGAAUCACUGUUUUGUUUCUUGUGCCAAAUUUUGUUGUGGUUUUCUUCCAUUGGGGCAAACAACACUAAAAAGUCGCAGGUCAAAUCCUAAUUCUAGAAGCUUUACCACUGCAACUAAGUUCAACCAACUUCGUCCAGCUCCAAUCCAUUGGAUGUUUUUAGUUUUGAUUUUUAGGAUGGAGGGAUUAUGAACAUUAGGGCUUUGGGGAUAGAUGGUGCUGGGUUUGGGGAUGUGGGGACAGAGACCAUCACCUGCCAUGUGGCUAGAACGUAGGAUGUGUCUUCAACUCAAAGUUCCUGCAAGCAGAUGUGCCAAGUUCCAAUCCAGAGAACAGGAGUUGCAUCUAAAUUAAAUUGGUUGCUCUUGGGUUUCAUUCAGUGGGACUUGACGUGAGUCAUGAUGACUAAGAGUUGUGUCCAACUUUAUUCUGUUCAGAUUAGACCCACUGAAAUGAGUCGUGUCCAUAAAUUUCACUGGGUCUAUUCUGAGGAUGACGAAUGGUGGACACUACCCUGUAGUCUGCCUUGCCUUUCCUGCCUGGACAUGGAAAUAGUCCUGCUCCUGCCUGCAGGUAUGGGAUAGCUGGAUAGACAAGGGGCAGAAUAGGUGGGGAAAGCCACAGUUCCUUGUCCCGUGCUUUAUUGGUGUGUUUGAAGGUUGCAAUCUGGCAGACAUCCAUCACACACUUGGCUGUAUCCCAUAAAAAGCUGUAAUGUGGUCAUAACUGUGAUUGGAAAACAUGGCCGCUGACAUAGAAUCUAAUAGUUCCUUUGAGAACUUGAGCAAAGUUUUGUUUUUUUAAAGCAAGUUUCAGCAUUAAAAAACCCCCAAAACAAUUGCAUAAAGAGCUGCUAUCCAGUACCUAGAAACUUGAAGGCUUUAUAUGGCUUUCCAUUAGUUGAGAAGUGAAAAUUUGGUCCAGCACAACUUUUAGCUGCCUCCCAGUGCUCUUCAUUAAUGUUUCUUGAGCCUGCAUUUCUAUUGUUACAUAAUGUUCUGUUCAGAGCAAGCAAAACUGGAGAAAACGAAAGUGAUUAUUCUAUGUUUAAAAAUACAACCAAAAUUAAGAUACUGAAUCAUAGUUCGGUUUGUCUAAAUCUGCAUACUUUAUCCUUCUAGUAUGAUUGUAGUUUUCACAUCACAGAAUGUGGGAUUUUGUAGUACAGUGAUCCAGCAUUCCAGGGCAAAAACCAGGUGAGCAGCAGCUAUGGAUAGCCACAAAAUCGAUUGCUGUGAUGUAUAUACAUACUGUGCAGAAAAGUACCGUAGUCACUGCAUUUUUGUAGGGUUUAAAAUGAAUUCAAGAGGGUAAUCUGAAGAGGAUCCCUAUCUAUUCUCAACAGGCUUGUUUCUUUAAAUGACUAUUCUAAAGAGGGUUCCACCAAAUUGGAUUUGAUCACUUUUGUAUUUGCAUUGUGCCUAAAUAAAAGAAUUGAGAACAAAAAAAAA